CUCCUCUCAUUGCAAAUGGCCGGCCGCCUCGAUCGGCCCUCGUCUCUCGCCUUAAAACCACACCACAACUCACACCCAGUUCCUGCUCCUGCGCGCACAUCAGUGUGCUCACUGCCGAGCAGCACUGCACAGGCGACAGAAAUCCUAGCUAGCUGGUGCCUGUCGUCGUUCAAUUUACUGCGACGUGACCACAGUCCACACAGCCUUGUCGUCGUCGUCGUUGUCAUGGCCGCCGCACCUCAUGACAUGCACGGCGUCGACUCGUUCGCACAGCUGCCCUUCAUCCCCCGCGGCGCUGCGCCUGCGCGUGCCGCGGCACCGAAGACGACGCCGGCGCCGGCGAGCAGCAGGGUCGACGCCGCCAGCAUCCGCCUCUUCGGCCGGGACUUCCCCAACGACGACCAGCAGCAGGCGGCCACGGCCCACCAGCUGCUGCUGCUCAAGGAGGACGCCGUGGCCGCGGUCGGGGACGGGGAGGAGACGGCGGCGGCGUCCGCCGGCGGCGGGGAGAGGAGGUUCGAGUGCCACUACUGCUGCCGGAACUUCCCGACGUCGCAGGCGCUGGGCGGGCACCAGAACGCGCACAAGCGGGAGCGGCAGCACGCGCGGAGGGCGCACCUCGAGGCCUCCUUCGCCGCGCACUGCGGCGCCUACCUGCCCGGCGCGCACCUCUACGGCCUCUUCGGCUACGGCGGCCACACGGCGCUGCCACCACCGCCGCACUACACGGCGGCGACGGCGGCGGCCGUGUGGGCAGCUGGCGCCGUGCCGGGGAUGUGCGGCGGCGUGGGGCCCGUGGCGCGGCCUCCCGUGUACGGCGGCGUGGCCGUGCCGGGGAUGUGGAGGCCGUCGCGAACGCCACCUGGGGCUGGGAGUGGUGGCGGUUUUGUCGCGGCUGGCCGACCCGUGGGGGCCGAUCCCGCCGCGGGGUACGGAGAGAUGAUCAUGGCUGGCAACGACGACAAGGUGGCGAUGAGCGUGGUGACGUCACUGCCCCCUUUGCCGUCGCCGUCGUGCUUGUCCGGCGGCCAGCAGUCGGCGGAGAUGAUAGGGAGACCUGAGUUGGGACACAAGGAUGGAGUCAUAAGCUUGGACCUCUGCUUGUAAUUUGUCUUGUGCCUGUUUUUGUUUAGAUCGAUCGCUUCCAUUUCUUUUUUCUCUUUUUCCUUUUGGCUUGUUUCGAGAGGUGUUUUAAGCAUGUUUCUUCAGCUAAAUUGCGAGAGAGACAUUUCCAUUAGAACUGUCGAAUGAUAUAUGUACUUUUUCUUUAGUUUAAGGUAAGCAUGAAUGCAGUUUGGCUUGUGAUAUUUCGUCUCGGUAACAAUGUACUGUUUUGACAUUCAAAAAAAAGAACGUGCUGUUUUGUUUAA